AAAUAAGUCGAAAAAACAGAUGUUUCAGAUGUUUGUGACGAAUUCCUCGAUAAUACAGUUAUACUCAUUAAGAUAAGGCCUGAUACAGUAGGUGUAACUCAAUGAUGUAAUACAUGCUGUCAGCAUGGCUCUGAAAACAGUUGUGUUUCGAUUCAUACAACAAAAGAAACUAGUGAAUUAUGCUCCAAUAAUAUUCCAGUGUGGAAAAUACCACAGUAAUAGUGAAGAGAGGCGAGGCUUCAGAAAAAAACUUGCUGUAGUGCUAUUUGGAUCUGUACUUGUUGGAAAAGUUGUGGCUGAUGAUGUCAUUAAAUCACAAAAUAACAUCAGUGAAAAGCCCACAAAAAAAGGAAGCAGUGAGGAUAAAGAUGGAGUCAUUGAGGCUGGGGCUAAGAAACCAGGCUUACCCGUGUACAGUGCAGAAGAAGUUAGCAAGCAUGACUCCACUGCCAGCUUUUGGGUGACAUACAAACACGGCGUAUAUGACGUGACGUCGUUCCUCCCCUCCCACCCGGGGGGAGAGCAGAUCCUGAACGCAGCCGGCCUUAGUAUAGAACCCUUCUGGAACGUCUAUGGGAUGCAUAAAACUAAGGAGAUAUAUACUCUGCUCGAGUCGUAUAGGAUAGGUAAUCUCCGAGAUGAAGACAUAGUGGACCACACGGACGACGAGAUGUGGGUAAAGGAGCCCGUUCGAGACCGCAGGCUUAUCAUCAAGACAGCCAAGCCGUUCAACGCCGAGAUACCCAUGAAGCUGCAAGUGGAACACUUCGACACACCCAACGAACUAUUCUACGUCCGUCAACAUAUGCCGGUGCCCGAAGUCGAGGCCGAGACGCACACACUCCGCAUCAACAUCGCGGGCCGCGACGACUCAGUCACAUUCACACUACAAGACCUGGCCAAGUUCCGGCAGGCGAGCGUGCGGGCCGCGCUUAUGUGCGCGGGGAAUAGGCGGAGCGAGAUGAAUAAGGAUUCAGUCACAUUUACACUACAAGACCUGGCCAAGUUCCGGCAGGCGAGCGUGCGGGCCGCGCUUAUGUGCGCGGGGAAUAGGCGGAGCGAGAUGAAUAAGCAGGUGAAGCCAGUGAAAGGUCUGAGUUGGCAGGGCGGCGCCAUCGGCAACGCGGUCUGGAGCGGCGUGUACUUGCGCGACGUGCUCAAACACUGCGGAGUGGAGAUGGAGGACACGCAAGGGAAACACAUCAUAUUCACAGGUUCGGACAUAGACGCGACCGGCCACAACUUCAGCACAUCCAUCCCUCUCCACAUGGCCGUUGACCCCAGCUCGCGAAUAUUACUGGCUACGCACAUGAACGGCGCCGUGCUGCCGCCGGACCACGGGUACCCGCUGCGCGUGGUCGUGCCCGGCGCGCCCGCGGUGCGCAGCGUCAAGUGGCUUGGUAGUACAGUCAUAGACAUAGACGCGACCGGCCACAACUUCAGCACAUCCAUCCCUCUCCACAUGGCCGUUGAGCCGAGCUCGCGUAUAUUACUGGCCACACACAUGAACGGCGCCGUGCUGCCGCCGGACCACGGGUACCCGCUGCGGGUGGUCGUGCCCGGCGCGCCCGCGGUGCGCAGCGUCAAGUGGCUUGAAUCCAUAACGAUAGGCGAGGACGAGAGCUCGUCCCACUGGCAUAAGCAAGACUACCGCUCCUUCAACCCGUCCAAGACUUGGGAGACCGCGGACUUUGCCACCGCACCGCCUGUUUAUAGUCUACCGGUGACGUCGGCUAUAUGCGACCCGGCGGACGGAGAAACGGUCAAGAUGAAGGAUGGCUGCAUAGAAAUUAGAGACUACCGCGCCUUCAACCCGUCCAAGACUUGGGAGACCGCGGACUUUGCCACCGCACCGCCUGUUUAUAGUCUACCGGUGACGUCGGCUAUAUGCGACCCGGCGGACGGAGAUACGGUCAAGAUGAAGGAUGGCUGCAUAGAAAUUAGAGGAUACGCGUACUCCGGCGGCGGCGCAAAGGUCCUCCGCGUGGACUUAAGCACGGACCGAGGCCAAUCAUGGGUGGAGGCCGAAUGUACGACAAGCGACGACGCGCCGCCGUACCACUACUCCUGGGCGCUGUGGACGGCGCGACUUCCAGCUAAGAGGGGAGAGAUGGAGCUAUGGGUGAAAGCGACCGACAGCAAUUUCAACACACAGCCGGAAAAGUUCGACGACAUUUGGAACAUCCGGGGCAUCCUCAGCAACGCCUACCAUAAAAUUAAGAUACAAGUAGACUGAUUACCUACUCCCCU